CACUGGCCCCGCGAGCAGCCGGCGGCGGGAUGGUGAGCGCCGGCACCGGUCGCUUCCCAUGUGCCUUGGCAGCGGUGCCCGGCUGAAGGGACACGCUGGGCUCAGGAUUCACUUUCUGAAAUAAUCAACUCUGCAAAUUUCUGUGCACAUCUUUCUUCCGAUAUGAGCAGAUCAAUAGGAUUUCACAUUUGCAUAGUCAUAUGCAGCAUCCUGCUCAGCUCCACCAGCUUGCAAUGUCUAACCUUUCAGAAACUGGAGAAAGACACAGUAUGGGUCCAACAAACUGCAUUGGCAGGGAAUGGGCUAGAAGACAAGAGGGUGAGCAUGCAAAGCUUGGAAAAUAACGUAGGCUCUUCUGAGCAAUCGACCAGUGUUGCUGUCUCAGAAGAGCCAUCUGGAGUGUUAACAGAGCCAUCUGGGACUUCAUUAAACAAGAUCUUCACUGCUAAAGGAGAAACGCAACACACAAGUCUUAGUGAUAAUCUUUUCAUAGGCAGUAAGAGCCUCGAUGUUUACCCCCCUACAGUGUCAGUGGUUGUGGUAGAUGAAAGUGAGUUCAGUCCCACUGGAUCUAGCAAAGAGUCGAGUGAAAACGGGCUACUGAAGGCCAUGCUAACUACGGCUUUGACUACUCUCAAUCCGGACAUUGAGGCUGAUGUGCUCAGUAGUACAGUGUUCAAGACGACAGUAGGGGGUAGCACAGAGGCAGGGCAUACUUUUAUUAGCAACCAGGAUAAUCACUUUUUUACGGUGGAUGCUGUGGAAGGAGGGAAGAAGGCAGAUGGUAGUUCCGAGCUCUCAGCUACACCCCAGUUUAGCAAUGAAGAAUUGCCAACUCUGCACCCCAGAACCCAGAACUUAGAAGCGGUGAGUGACUACCCCACAAGCCCUUUACUUUUGGCUCAUCAAACAGCUGAUUCUGAGCCUGGAACACUGGAGCCAAAUGUAGGGAGCCCUUUGCAGUUGACAGAUGCUCGUGCCUCUGCCCUCACUGCGAAACAGACAUUUGUAUCCACUGAUGCCUCCCUAAAUUUGGAAACAAAAACGGACAGCAGGCAAGGAAGCUUCCGAGUGGCAGCUAGUGCUGUCACAGGCGCUCCAGCUGUCUCUGUACUGAGUGAUGAUUGGGAUGAUACAAAAUUAGGAACUAUAAGUCAGGUAAGAGGCUCAAAGCAUGAGGAGAAAAAACAGAACGAUGUGAUAGUGGAACCUCCUUGGACAAAGGGAAGAGAGGAUGAUGAAGAUGAUGUGAAAAGAGGCAUGCCAUUUACAGCUUCUGCAUAUGCAACAGCCAUUAAACUAGAAAAAAACGUGUACCCUGGGCCAGCACAGGUGUCAAUGCAGAGGGAGAUGAUGCCAACAGUUUCCGCUGGCCAAACUUCUGUUUAUCUCACAAGUCCCUUGGCAGAAGCUGAAGUGACUGCUAUAAACACAAAGAAAAAUACAGAACUCGUCACAAUGGAUGAUAGGAAAAGUGUCUCCUUGUCAUUGCCAGAGACUGUUACUAUGACGGACACAAAGUCCAAUAUCUUCCUUACCCUGGAAAAUUCAUUAAAAGGUGUUACUCAAGAUACGAUGCCAGCCAGUCAAGAAAUUGAUGCCACCUUGCCAGUCAUGACACCAGCAUGCUUUGCUGUACACGAGACCACAAGUGAAGCAAGCGUGACAGAGGAAGAAAGCAAGGGGGCAACCCUGAUACCGACUGUUUCUGGUGUAGCCCAGCUGUCGGAAAAGUCAGAACACUCAGCUACUACCGUCUCCUUUACUGCCACCCAUUUGUCUAUUGCAAAAACCCCGGAUGCCGAAGUAGUCUUAACAGACCUGGUCACUGUCUCAGAUGAGGAAGCAGUCACUGCUCUUCCUGAAUCUUUGGAGACCCUCGCUGGAAUGAGAAUGCAGGUGGAGGAGCUGACCAGCAGAACUGCGACCCUGGCAACUCCAGGUUUGAUGGCAUCUUCUGUAAGGAGAACAGUUGUUCCAUCUGUGAGGCAGAUUAGCACAGCUGUCACCUACGGAUUGGACCGGCUGGAGUCGGAAGAGGGGGAGGAGGAAGAGGAGGAUGAAGAGGAGGAUGAAGAAGAGGAAGAGGAGGAAGACAGAGAUACAGACUCAAUGGAGGAAAGCAUGGAGGGUGACACGGAGCUGCCAGGUUUCACUCUUCCUGGUGAAACUUCCCAGGAGCCUGUAGUUGGCAUAGGAGACUCUGCCGCACAGCUGGCUGGGGUAUCUUACCAAGUUCCAGACACCAUUGAAUGGGAACAGCAAAACCAGGGCCUUGUGAGAAGCUGGAUGGAAAAGCUAAAAGAUAAGGCGGGAUACAUGUCUGGGAUGCUGGUCCCUGUGGGGGUUGGUAUAGCUGGAGCCCUGUUUAUCCUGGGAGCGCUCUACAGCAUUAAGAUCAUGAAUCGCCGAAGGAGAAACGGCUCCAAAAGGCAUAAAAGAAAGCAGAGGGAAUUUAACAGCAUGCAGGAUCGAGUAAUGCUCUUAGCUGAUAGCUCUGAAGAUGAAUUUUGAACCUGACUGCGGAGCCGUUGUGAUUUCCAAUGACUUUUUCGAGGGCAAGGGGAGAAGAAGGAAGGCGUUUGUGCUGCAUCACUGCUAUCAGCCACCACGUGCCACUGUGUAGCGGUUUUUACAUCCUGGCAAAACAGGCAUGUUGUAUUCUAAAUGUAAUGCGCAAUGAUGUUUGUUUUUACACAGUAGUGAGAUUACACAUUCACACAGUGCACCUCAUUGAAAUGCAGAAUACGUAUUGUUACAGCUGGAGCCGAUACUAAUGGAUGAUGACUUUGUUUUGAUCACAGUGUAAUAUUUUUGUUCCAGCUGAUGGUAACUAAUCAUAAUUAUUGCUGUCACCUAAUUUCAGGAUGGGCACCUUCACCGAGAAUGACUUCUGUCCAAUUAGUUAACUGUAGAUGUUAUAUUACCGGAGUUUACUAGAGUUUGUCAGUGCUAAAAUUAGCUGUUCUGCUUAAUUAACAAACUACACACUUGAACCCCUUCCCUUGUCAACAGGGAGACGCCCAAGUACAGUCCAAUUAUAGACAUAAUAAUAGACUCAUUUGUACAUUCCUUGCCCCAAUUUCCCUUGUCCUUUUAAAAAAUCCUCCUUUUAACUGUGUUCCAUGUUUAGGGAAAACAUAUGGAAAUGACAACAAAACACAAUUCAUAGCCUAAAUAUUCAGUGCAGUUUUCAUCAGCAUUAUAACAGCACAACAAAUGCCACCGCCCGCACAUUGACAAAUGCUAAGAUGCUCUUUGCAUGAAUCUCUUAGCUUUUAUUCAGUGUGCCGCUGGAAUAUCAAGCAGGCAAAAGAAAUGGGAAUAGCAGGCUAGAGAAUUUUCAUCUUAAGGGGCUUGUCUGAUUAUUUGUUUGGCGUGGUUCAUCUAUCAAGCGGAGCUCUGCCCUCUUAGCGAUGCUAGAGAAAUAAUAAUCGAGCGUCGGUCUCUUUUCACAAUUGGUAACUAACUCUUAUAAGCGUCACAAACACCUGUGGCCCUCUGCACCAUGGAAGGUGCAGAAUGCUGUGGCUGUGUCCUGUCGUCUGAUUGAUCAGGAAAGCAGGUGGUGUGUGGGAUGCAGUACAGAAGGCAAACGAAGCACAGGCUCCUGGUUCAUGCAAAAGGAGCUCUCCUCUUGAGUGCUGAAGAGGACCUCACCUGUGGCUGACAGAUUUUUUUGGACCAGAUUCAGAUCAGGUUUAGAAGUUGUGCCAGCACAAGGCUGCCGUGCAUGUGACUGUAGAUGGCUAGGCAGUCAUGGCUGGGGUGCGGCUGGUUAUAGAUAGCAAAAGGCCCCAUCAGUGGAGAAGGAGGUCAAGGCUGGGAUACAUAUGGCCAAAAGGAAAGGUAGUCAGGGCUGCAGCAUGUGUGGUUGUGGGUGGAAUGGGGUCAGAUUGGGAACAUGGGGUCACAGGCCAGAAGGCAGCUGAGGCAGGAGUGAAGGCAGCCAUAGAUUAGGAAGUUGUUAGGAUGGGGUGUGUGUGGCCAUAGGUGGAAAGGCAAUCAAGGCUGUAGUACAUGCGGCCACAGGUGGCUGAGGCUGGAGGAAAGUGUCCUUACUGGUCAUUUCAUCAGCAAGCGUGAGCAGCAUCAACAUGUACAGUUGAUCGCAAAAUAACACAGUGAAUUAGCAAAACAUGUUUCUGGAACUGAACAGGAAAGAAGGGGCAUUGCUGCUGAGCUGGUUGAUUGGCUGGUUGUUUCAACCCAGAAUAUGUGCCAUGUUUUGUUGUUGCGUUUUUAAAAAUGCCCCUCAUUUCCUCUGCUCUGGUGUGCCGUGAGAUGGCUAUUUCAUUCUGCAUCCAUAUUGCAUGUAUGCAAAAAUCCUUAUUCCCAAAUUGGAAAUUGCCCCUAUUAGAGGGAACCUUGAUUUAAGCUGCUACAAGUCGAGGACACAAGAUGAGUCAGGUAAGGUCAGGAGGCUGCUCAUUUAUCUAGAUCGAUCCCUCUAAAUCUUUGAAAAAAGUACGAGAGACGUGGUUGAAUAGACAGAGUAUGAUUGAAUUCUUUGUAAAGGUGAAAAGGGCUGGCUAAUUGCCAAGAUGCGACAUUAGCAAAGCCCUGUAAGUUACGCCAAUGAGGAUGAUACAGAAGUCAGAGGUACAGGGAGGCCUCACUUCUGCUCUGUCACCCUGCCUAUACCCUCCACCCUGCGGGGGCCGGUAACAUUUGAGUGUGUAAAUUCUAUUGUUGGCAUGCACAGACGAUAGUGAUCAAACACUGCAUGGGCACGUGAUUGUGUGUGCAAAGCUGAGGUUUGUGCUUUGAAAAUUGGACUGGCUGCUGACUGUGCAGGAAACAGCCCACAUACCAACCAGCGUAUACAGUGCGAAUCAGAAAAAUGGGAUUCCUUCUCUGGGAUAGUGAGAGCUCUCCCGCUGGAAACGGAAGGUCAGCGAUCUGCAGAAUGUCAUGCACAAAUGUGAUGUUUAAUAACAAGCAAUGGAGUUUGCUCAGCCAAACCGAAGUACUUUGCAGUAGCUCUUUCCGUGUUAUGGCAGUUUCCCUUGAGUGUGAAAGAAGGGACCAGCAGGAUUUGAAAUGCACCUAUUGAUGAGUCUUCCAAUCUGACAACUCUGCAUGGUGAGUCAGGGAUUUCUCAACGAACACACGGAAAAUAGAGGUGGACUAAGGCUAAACAGAGCCAGUUCCAACAAAAUGUUGGGGUCCCCCUGGAGCGUGUCUUCCUUCAAGCACCCCCUGGGACAGACUUUCCCUCCCAGCACUCCAGAUAGACUCUUGUCUUCCACCCCCGGGUCUUUGGUCUUCCUGCCUUGCUAGGCAGUCCCAGGUCUCCUGGCAGCAAUCACCUGUUUGUUCUGUUGCCACUUGCUACUCUGCCGCUCACUGGUGCUCCCAGGUGUCUCUGUCCAUGAGGUCUGGAUCUCAAGUAUCCUGCCUAAAUCCAUCCGGGAAACAUAUAGCAAUUAUUUAAAUACAGUUUAAAUCCAGCGGCAGGGUUGUUUGUUCUUAUAACAAAUGGUUAAAGCCUCUUUCCCUCAGAGCUCAGGAUCAGUCCUAGCUAGGAGAAGCAUUUCCUCUUGAAAUGAAUGCCCACUCUUUUCUUCUCUCUCUCUCUCUCUGAAGUUGCUUGGAGGAGGGGAAAUGGUUUUGGGACGUUGCUACACUAACAAAAUGAGGAGCUUUGACUUAACUACCUGUUCCAGCUGAGGCAUCUGGUAACAGGGAAGUCUUUUCCUUUGGACUCUUUGAGGAGGUGGCAGGGCUUGUGGCCAGGUCUGAUUGUGGAAGCGAAGCCUUCAGCAGAGUGACUUUCAUCCCAGCUCAGCUUAAUUACUGUUGUCUCAGCAAGAAUCAGCUUUUAGCAGGCUGGGAACAAGAGACUAUACAGGCAACGGCGGGAUAUUUGUUCAAACUGUUCUUCCAUCUUAAAGGUGGAGGCGCAGGAAGAAUGUAUGGGCUAAGGGCAUGAACCAUUCUGCAGGAGUGAGCGUAACUGACUUAGGAGCAGCAAGGUUAGUAACUGGUCUCACUGGGCUCUUUGCCAGGGGCGAUGCCCUGGAAGACAGCUCUGAGCUGGUAGUGGGAAGACGAGCUGCUGGGGCAGAUGAGAAUCAGAGGACUCGGGAUGGCUCAGUGAGACCCAAAAGGCUGGGAAUCAGCAGGGCUUUCUGCAAUGACAGCCUCUGCAUUGUGCUCCUGCUAGUGAUUGUUCACACGGGGUAAGAGCAGUGUGGGCUCUGUGCAGUAGAUGUCUAGCUUGUGUUGACUGAGCAGGAAAAGAGGAAGGGUGGGGGUGGGGGGAACCCAGUGCUAGGAGUGGCCGCACUGAAAGGAGGCCAGGGCCCCUCGGAUGGGGAUGUCAGCUUGCUGGAUUGGAAAAGCUGCUAGUGAGCCACCCCAGCCUUUCACUGUUCUAAUAAAGCCAUAGUUUGGGAAGUGCUAACUUUGUACGCUCAACCAUUUCUCUUUUUCCCCCACCGUCAUUAAAUUCAUAAGAAAUUAAAAGGAAGGCUGCCUGUGGAAACGAUGAAGCCGCAUUUAAAUGAAACAGCUGCAUUUCUCCCUUCUUGUCUGUCAUGGUGUGUUUGACAGCCAAGAACAGCUCGGUAAUAUCACGGAUUUUAUUCAGUCCACCCUUGCCAGGCAUGUGUGCUAACCACAGGGCUGUACCAGCUGUGCCUGAAGUAGGGUCUGACAGAUAAAUGCAAACGUCCCACUGGUUAAAUAGCACUUAGGUGCAGGAACUAGGCAUGCGGGAGGUGCUGCAGCACUCCCUGGCUUGAAGUGGUUUCCAUUACAUCGAGGGUUUGCAGUUUGGUUCCAUGCCUCUCAGCACGCCCACUAUACAAAUUGUUGCAGCGCCCCUGCUUAUGGUGCGACAUGAGCUGCCGCAGCAGGAAAUUCCAGGAUCGCUGAGAUGCACUACACUUCCUGGUCAUGUUCAAUGUCUGCCAUUGUGGUCCAUCUAGGGGCCCGGGUGCAUCCUCUUGUGGAAAAAUCCUGUGGGAAGCAGCAGAGGACCUGCAAAACUGUCAGGUGACACUCAAGAGGACCUGAUCCAAAGCCCGAUGAAGUCAAUGGAAAGACACCCAUUGACAUCAAAGGGCUUUGAAUGAGGCUCAGAGUUUCCAGCUAAUCUGCCCCGCAGGGUGCUGGCGAGGAGGCAGGUGGCAUAGCUUCCCAUAGCAUUUGAAGGGAAAGCCCCAGUCCGGCAGAUGCAGGAACAUCCACAGACAUCAGCCAUGCUUUUGUUCUGGGCCCCCUCGACAUCAUGACUCUCCCAGGAAUGGGGCUGUCACUAGCCAGGCAUGCACUCUCUGGGCAAAACCAUCCUCUCAGGAGGGCUGCAGGCAUGCAGCACAACAUAAUGCAGAUUCUAGCAGCACUGGUAUAGACAACUGCUUGGAGAGCCUCUCCUCUGAUGAAGAGCAUGCCACAAAAUCCAGCUGCAACCUGGAUCUUCCGAUCCAGCUCCCGCUCUGCACAGACAAGUAGAGACAAUGGCCAGGCCCAUUGUUAGGCUGCCAG